UGAGGCAUUCCUCUACCAUCAGUUGGUUCUCAUCGGUUAAUGUGCUGAAUUGCUGUAAGAUGAAAUUGUUUCUAACUGUUGUUGGAACUCUAUGCCUCGUUGGCAUCAUCCAGGCACAAAGUACUCCUACUAUUGCGCAGUCACAAAGUACUGUUUCGCUCAAUGUAGCCGGAAAUCUUUCCCUUGCCUUGACGGCCAUUAAUCAAACGAUUAACUUAAUCAAUACUACAAUAAAUACCACUGAUACAGUAACUCUAGCUGCAGUAACUAGAUGGAGGAAUUAUACGAUAGGAAAUCUUACUGCUCUGGUUAACCGAUUCCAAAACUAUACAGGUAACCUCGGUAAUGCAGCAACUUCGCUAAACAAUUCGAUUUCUAGCCUUACUAGUGCUUCGAACGCUGCGCAGGCGCUAUUGUUGGGUACAGACACUUACACUUUGCCGAACCUGUUCAAUACCGUAUGGCAACUAGCAAACACUACAGGAAAUACAGUACUCCAGGCAGCUUAUAAUUUAAGCAGUUAUGCUACCUGUGCCAACAACGUGUCGCUGGUUUGCCUUCGCAAAUACGGCGCCAACCUAACUGCUGCCCCAAUUCUACUCACUCGAUUUAAUGACUGUCUUACGCCGGAGAUAACCAAAAUCGCGAACGUGGGAGCGAACAUCACGGUUCAAGUCAACAAUGACAUGAUUGUAUCUCAGAGUUUCUACAGCCUGAUGCAACUCUGCAACAUACCCACGGCUGCCGCGAUGAAUUCCACCAAUCCCCAAACGACGCCAUCGGUGAACUGUAUCAAUACGUUUUUGUCUCAAAUUUCCAAUCAACAAUCAAUAGGCUCGUUGAACUAUGGACUCUCCAGUCUUAUGUGGUCCCCCAUACAGUCGAUAUCUUUCCGAGUCAACCGAUGCAUACAGAUGGUACAGGGCGACAUCCAGGAUACGGUGACCCGCGUGAAUGCCGCCUUCAGUAGCUGCCUCGUGACGGGCAAAUAGACACCCGAAAACAGUAGCAACAACGUUAAUUUAUCAUAUCAGAGCACAUUACCAACAUCACUUAGACUAAAUAAAGCAGACAAUAGUUAGUAGAUAUGCAUCCAAA